UUACCUUUACUUUUCUUGUUUAUACAGUUGAUGGUUUGGAUAAGGCUUCAAUCACUAACUCAGAUGGACCAGCCCCAGGAUCCCAAACUCCCCCCUUCAAGAGGAAAGGCAAACUCUCCACCAUCGGCAAAAUCUUUAAACCUUGGAAAUGGCGAAAGAAGAAGACUAGUGACAAAUUCAGAGAAACGUCAGCAGUGUUGGAAAGGAAGAUUUCGACAAGACAAAGCAGAGAGGAGCUGAUAAGAAGGGGAGUGCUGAAGGAAAUGCCCGAGCAAGAUGGUGAUGUAACAGUAAAUUUUGAAACUUCAAAUGGACACACCAUAGCCAUUGGUGAAGAAACAAUACAGGAAGAAAAUUUGGUAAAAGCCAGUGGAGAUAAUGGUACUUCAUCAGAGAAAGCAUCAGCAUUGGAAGGAAAAAAAGAAGAUCAAAAAGAGAGCACUACUGAUCACUGCCCAGAAAUACCGACAUCCCAUGCUCCACCACUAGCCAAGCCUAAGCCUAAAUCUAAAAAAGUUCCGCUGCCACCAAAAAAUGCUACUGCUGCUUCCACCACCACCAGCCAUAAAAGUAACGAAGCACCUCAUGCUAAAAAAAAGGGAAAGGCUCCUGCUAAGCAGCCUCCUCUCCCACCACCCAAGCCAACAAGUCACAGUGCAAAUCGAGAAGCUGCUAGUUCCUCUCAUGCAAAAAAACCACCAGUCUCCAAGUCCUCUUCUUCACCAUCUCCUUCGUCCACAUCAUCUCAUCCCAAAGCCUCUAAAGAGACUUCUAGCAAAGCGGGCACAUCAGGGACUCCCAGGGGCAAGAAAAAACCUGGGAAACAUUCAGCCCCACGAACAGCACUGGAUGGGGCUGCUUCUUCCCCGUCAGGUGCCACAACCAACAGGUUGGAAGCAAAGGCAGAAAAACCCGAGCCUGAGCAACCUUCCAUAGUAAUUUCUGAAACAGAGGAUGCAGACCAACUAAGCAAGUUUGUUGUCCCUCCUCCUCCCACCGCUGCCCCUCCUCCACCUCCGCUUCCACCUUCUUUUCCUGGUGCAGCUGGUCAGCCCGCUGUCUCCUUAGAGGCCCAAGACCUGUCAGAUGGCUGCAUGGCAGGGCCAGCCACCCCGGGAUCAGAUACUAAAUCUCUUCUCCAGACUGAGCAUGGCACAGACCAGAGCCUGAGCAGAACGGCCCUAGACAGUGGUCCAGAUGCUAGCAAAGAAGACACAAAAAGCUUGGCUACCAAAGAAGACCAAGAAGCGGAGGCACCUGACCAGGCACACUCUGAACUGGUGGAGGAGACUUCUGAUGCUGCUGCCCCUCCUGAGAGUGAAAGUAGCCGAGAGAGCCUCAGCAGCGACUCAGACUCUGAUGGACCAAUACUGUACACAGAUGAUGAUGAUGAUGACGAUGAGGAUAAUGCAAGUGCUGAAAGCUCUUUGGCAAGUAAAAUUCGUCGCAGGGAUACUCUUGCUAUCAAACUUGGCAACAGACCAUCUAAGAAAGAAUUAGAAGACAAAAACAUCUUGCAGCGUACAUCUGAAGAGGAGAGGCAGGAAAUCAGACAUCAGAUUGGAACGAAGCUCGUGAGGAGGCUUAGCCAGAGGCCUACAACUGAAGAGCUAGAACAAAGAAAUAUCCUAAAGCAGAAGAAUGAAGAAGAGGAACAGGAAGCGAAAAGAGAAAUAAAACGUAGACUCAGUAGAAAGCUCAGCCUGAGGCCUACAGUGGCUGAACUUCAAGCAAGGAGAAUCCUUCGGUUUAACGAGUACGUGGAGGUCACAGAUUCUCCGGAUUACGACCGUCGUGCUGACAAGCCUUGGGCCAGGUUAACUCCCGCAGACAAGGCAGCAAUACGGAAAGAACUGAAUGAAUUUAAAAGCACAGAAAUGGAAGUACAUGAGGAAAGUCGGCAAUUUACCAG